UACUUUACACGUAUGCGCACACACGCUCAAAAAGUUCGCAGGCGCGUGAAGAAAUUAAAUUUAAUAAAAUAAUCGCAUUUAAAUCGAUGCCCAAGCUAUAAAAACACAAUAAAGUGUAUCAAUAAAAAUUUUCCUACAGCCUGUCGAUUGUUUUGAGUUGGCUAUCAAAAGAUUUCAGGUCGAAAAUUGCAAUUGAAAGUGUGAUCAUAGUGCAAAGGAAAAAUUUUCUGCAAAAAAUUCCCAGAUCAAAUAACAAAAGCCAGGCGGCGAAUAUAAAUAUAUAUACACUCACUUACUCACUCCACAAGCAACUGCACAAUACCAAGGGGAAGCGAAGAAGCAGCAGAAGUGUAAUCGGAAGAGCGACAAUAGCUAAUACAACGGCAACGGCUGCAAAUUGGACAUGUCAUGUCAGCAAGCGUCAAGAUUCAUUACAGCAGCAGCAGCGACAGCAACAGUAGCAACAGCAGCCAAAACUCCAAUACCAACAACAAUAACAACAACAGCAAAGCGCACAUCGACACCAACAGCAGCUAAAACAACGCCGAAUCCAGCGAUUGUGGAGCAUAACAUUGGUGUUGCUGCUGCCAAAACGAACCCGCCUGAGGAUCCCUAUGUAUUCACAGAGACUAUUGCAGCGACACCGCCAAUUUUAUUUAAUGCACAGAAAUCGCGAGCCCGCUUAAGUGAAGCGCAGCACGGCAGAAAUUGCAACAGCAGCAGCAGCAACAACAACAACAAUAGCAAGAGAGUUGCAAACAAAAAAGCGAGCAUUGUUGCUGCAACAACAGUGCCCAUUGCGCAGUUGAAUGGCACUGCAACAGCAACAACAGCAGCGGCAGCGCCAGCAACUGUAGCAACAGCGCGUGCAGCAGCAGCAACAACAAAGGCGCAGGCGUCUUUGGGUGCAGCAGCAGCAGCAGCAGCAACAACAACGAAUUUCAAUAAUGUCACACAAUCUCAAAGGCAGCCAACGUCACAGUCGCAGCUGCAAUUGCAGUCGCCGUUGCAGUUGCAGUCGCAAGCGUCGCCGAAACGUGCCACCAACGUUUGUGUGGUACGUCCACAGCAGCAACUACAGCAGCAGCAGCAGCAGCAAAAACAGCAGCAGCAGCAACUGAAGCAACAGCAAACUAAAUUGAUUACAAAGCAGCCAGCACCACAUCCGCCACCACCGCCACCGCCGCUAUAUACGCACACGCCUUCGUUGUGGCAAACGCCGCUCAUAUUGGAUACCACACAGAAGCAGCAGCUCCAGCAACAGCAGCAGCAGCAGCAGCAACAGCAGUCCAACAUUGCCGUUGCCACAGCGCUGGUCAGCCCGCCCACAUCGCCCGCCUCGUUACCCUCACCCACGGCUAAUGCGCCGCCGACAGCAGCUGUGACCGCCAUGGUAUCGCCCAUCGUGGUGCCUCUAUCAGCCGCAUCAGCGGCGAUGUCCCCGCCCAAAGGCGGCUCUUUGCCGCCGUCAAAGUUCCAUCACACCACGCUGGCGCAGCACUUGCAGAAGGUAGAAUGUCUGAAGAAAAAGAAAUCCUUGCCGCUGGCUUGUCAGAAUUCCAACAACAACAUUGUUGAGUCGCUGCACAAGGGGACGACACCGUUUGCCGUCUACAAUCUAACGCAUCCACCUCCGCUAACGGUUUUCAAUACUGCAGCAACAGCAGCAUCAGGAGCGGGAGCAGCAACACCUGCAACUGCUGCUGCAACAACAAAAAAACAUUCCGCCGAUGCUAGCGAUGACAACGAUCUCAAUGAGAUUCCCGUCAAUGUCAUCUUUCGGAAGCCACCCGAUCUUUUGGGUGGCGCUGGAGCAGCUGCGCAAGCACCGCCACGCCCAGCAGUCGCCAUUGGCCAGCAGCAGUCGGCAAUGAUGAAGCUGGGCGCUGUGGCGCCAUUAACACCGCCAACGCCGCCCACGCCGCCGUCAACGCCACAGUUGAGCAAUCUUUGUGCACCGCCAGCCACAGCAGCAGCAGCGGCAAUGGCAACAGUUAUCACACCCGCCCUCACAACUGGAGUAGCAGCAGCCACAGCAGCAGCAGCAGCAGCAGCACCUAUAGCCAGCACUCAAUAUGAACAAACGUCUUCCAAAGUGGCCAAUUCUGUUGUCAGUCAGGCUGCAGCGCCGAAACGCAAAGCGCAGGCAGCAGCAGGCACUGGCUGCAGAAAAGCCAACAAAACAAAUAAUAAAAAUGCUGCACUGGCCACUUCUGCUCCGCCGUCAGCUCCAGCUCCAGCUCCGGCCCCGGCUCCACCUGCACCGCCACCGCCGAUUACAACAGUUGAGCAGACAGCAACCGCAUCAGCAACGGCUGCUUCGGCAGCUCCAGCGUUAGAGCCAACAUCGACUAGCACCGUGUCGCGGCGUCGAAAAGUGCCGCCGGCAGCAACCAAGCGGAAUGCAGUGUUAUUCAACGAGAACGAACCUUUGGAGUUCGAUGUUCCAUACUGCUUUCAAACACGUUGGUUCCAUGCUGGUCAAUAUAUGGACGAGGAGCCACAGCCUGGAUUGAGCAAUCGCGAGGAGCGCAUUGCUCUACGCAAAGGUGUACUGCGUCGUCAGGCGCUGCAGUUGCUGUCGACGCGCCCGCUGCAGGAGCUGCCGAUGCGUGCGGCACGUCAGCGACUGCAAUGUGUUCAGAAUCUAAUUCUUAAGUACGGGGACCAUGCGAGCCAGGAGCAGGGCAUUGGCGUUGGCAAUCGCUGCCUGGUGGCUGCGUGCAAGCAACCCACGCUCAGCAUGGCUGCCCACUGCGAGCGACACAUUGUCAACAAUACGACGCAGCAGCUGUUCCAGCCGUGCGUCGCUUGGCGUAUGGAUGGGGUGGCCUGUCAGGCGCCCGUCUUCGAUGUGCUGCACACACUGGCAUUGUGCCCGGCUCACAGUCACCUGCGACACGGCAUUGAGGUGCAGUCCAAGGUGCAGAAAACGCAGCAACGGGCAAAGGCAGUGCAACUGCCCAAGCCGGCACCCACGCCUGCUGUGCCGGGCCCUGUGCCAGCGGUGACUGCGAAUGGACCAGUGGCUAAUAAACGCAAGCGCAAAACGAAUCCAAAUGCCAAUCCCGUUGGCCGUCCGCAAAAGCGUGCCAAAAAGCCAGCCGCAGUCGCUAACACCACCUUACCUGUAUUGCCGCCAGUGUCCGCGGUGCUGCAGCGUAAGAGCAGCACCACCUCGCUGGAGUCCAUUGCGAGCAAUUCGCAAUCGUCGGCCAUGUCUCACUCGGCCCAGCAGCCCUACACACCUGCAGCGCCUGUGAUGACUAUGCCACAGCUGUCCAUAAAACCUCCAGCGUUGGCACCGCUCAGCGAUUACCAGCAGCAGCAGCAACAGCAGCAGCAGCAGUAUCCGCAGAUGCUGCUGCCUAAGAGCGAGGCUGAGCAGCAGACGCAGCAGCUAGAUGCUAAUUUGCUGGCCAAUGCUAAUUUCAAGGCCGAUGAGAUUAGCCAGAUUGUGGCACAGCUGGCGGCUGCCAGUAGCGAGUUGCAUCAUAACAACAACAACAACAACAACAACAACAACAACUUGCACUUCAACAACAACAACAUCAACAUGAACAGCAACAACAGCAAUAGUGUAAACUUUUGCAGCAACAACAACAGCAACAGCGGCAGCAGCAGCAUUAGCUGCGGCUUUCCCUCAUUCAAUGCAGCUUUUGGCAAUGCCAUGAGCGGCCAGGGCCAGCAGGUGGCAUCGCAUCAUGCCAACACAGCGUUGGCCAGCACAGAAAAUCUGCUGAGCCAGCAUAUGUUUGGCAUCUGCGAGAACAGUUCGGCCUAUGCCAGCUCCGAGGAUACGGGCCUGGGCGGUCUGAGUGAGUCGGAGCUGAUAGGCGCUAAUGAUGCUGAUGAUAUAGCAUUGAAUGGCGCCCAUCUGCUGGAGGAGCACGAUUUGGUAAAUGUGUUUGAUACGCUGCCGGAGGAUGCGUUCAACGAGUUAUUUCAAUCUGUGCAACAAGCCGAGUGCGAGGCCAUGGAUCGCGCGCUCGAGAUUGCCGAUAAGAACCUCAAGUGUCUCCAGCAGACAAUCGGCAAUACUGCGCACGACAGCGCCUUCCUUAACGAUUUCCUCGACGUGGACGAUGAUCUGCUUGUGAACGCUGUAAUGAACUCGCCGAACGCAUCCGACAUUGAUGCAUCCACGCUCUUUGUCGAUAGCAGCGGCGGCGGAAACAGUAGCAGCAACGGUGCUGCCGGAUCCAGCUCCAACAGCUGCACGCCGGCGGCCUCCGUCGCGGAUAUACGCGGCCUGGUACAGACUUAAAUUGGCCUAAGCCGCACUUGUGUAUACGCUUCAAACGAGUCUGUGUAGCUCGUCGUUUUUUUUCCAAAAGUUCUUUCGACAGAAAUCUUUUAGAUCUUAAAUGAAAAAUGAUAAGAAAUCACAUUGAAAGAAAAUCGAACUAAAUUUCUCAACAAAUGUUGAUGACA